GCGCGCGCGUGGCCCACACGUCGGCGCCCCGGCGGUGCGCGUGGCCUCCGCCCGCCACGCCUCCCCCAACCACGGUCCACCUCACUGCGCAGCAGACACCCCACGCCCACGCCCCCGAAAUUAAGAAGGGAACUCCGGAAUCGCUCGAGGUGGUGGGGCGAGCUCGCGCGAGGAGGAGGUGGGGCGAGAAGCUUCUGGUGGUGGUCGCGGUGGCGGUGGUGCUGACCCUCGCCGUCGAAGCGGGCGGGGAGAGAGGGAGGAGCGGGGAUCGCGCGGCGGAAGGCGGGGGAGGCGGUGGAUGGCGGUGGAGUACCACUGCUGCUCGGCGCCCUUCUUCGAGCACAUCGUCAUCAUCGUCGUGCUCGUGCUCUUCGCGGGCCUCAUGUCGGGCCUCACCCUCGGCCUCAUGUCCCUCAGCCUCGUCGACCUCGAGGUCCUCGCCAAGUCCGGCACCGACCAGGACCGCAAGCACGCAGCUAAGAUUUUGCCUGUUGUGAAGAACCAGCACCUUCUGCUAUGCACUCUUCUGAUCUGCAAUGCUGCAGCCAUGGAGGCUUUGCCCAUAUUUCUUGAUAGCUUGGUGACUGCUUGGGGUGCGAUUUUGAUCUCAGUGACACUGAUUCUACUGUUUGGUGAGAUCUUACCGCAGUCCAUCUGCUCACAUUAUGGGCUGGCUAUUGGUGCUUCAGUUGCUCCAUUAGUUCGUGUGCUUGUUUGGAUCUGCUUUCCUGUUGCCUAUCCUAUAAGCAAGCUACUAGACUGUGUGCUGGGUCAUGGUCAAACAGCUCUCUUCCGUAGAGCUGAGCUAAAAACACUUGUCACUCUGCAUGGAAAUGAGGCUGGUAAAGGUGGAGAGUUAACCCAUGAUGAAACUACCAUAAUUGCUGGAGCUCUUGAACUCACAGAAAAGAAGGCUAAAGAUGCUAUGACACCAUUAUGUCAAACCUUUGCAAUUGAUAUAAAUGCAAAGCUUGACAGAGAACUGUUGCAAGAGGUCCUCGAGAAAGGGCAUAGCAGAGUGCCAGUUUAUUAUGAAAAGAAGACGAAUAUCAUUGGAUUGAUAUUGGUGAAGAACUUACUAUCAGUCAACGCUGAUCAUGAGGUUCCUAUAAAAAGUGUAACUAUCCGCAAAAUUCCUCGUGUUUUUGAAGAUAUGCCCCUCUAUGACAUCCUAAAUGAGUUUCAGAAAGGCCACAGCCACAUGGCAGUGGUCAUAAGGAAAAACGUUCCCAUUGAAUCAGCUGAACAACCUGCCAAUGAUGGAGGAACUUUUGAGGUGUCCAUUGCUAUUGAUGAAAAGAACAAUGAAAAGGUCGUGAAGAACCUCCCGCCACCGCUGCGAAGAUGGAAGAGCUACCCUAACACUCAGAACACAUCAAAUAGAGGAAGCAGGCCUAAAAAAUGGUCCAAAGAUCAAUCAGAUGUCCUGCAGAUACAUGAAGAGCCCCUGCCCACAUUGAGCGAAGAUGAAGAGGCUGUCGGUAUCAUAACCAUGGAGGAUGUCAUUGAGGAGCUUCUGCAGGAGGAGAUAUAUGACGAGACAGACGUACAUGAGGAGCAAUGACACUGGCUUCACGGCCCGUGUUUAUAGUUCCCUACUGGAUACAUGAGAAGGAGCUGUUAGAAAAGUGCAUCACACGUAAUAUAUGUACUGUAUGUCGAUAGGUAGAUAGUUCAUUGUAGUACCAGGUGGCUGUCUAGGAUAUCUUUUUGGCAAGAAUACUGUUUGGACUUUGGAGUGCUUCGGUCUCAGGACCGCAGGAUUGCCCAGGUCCGGAAAUUGUGCCGGAUAUACCCCGGUAAGAAACGGACCGCAAACUGUAACGAGCAUCCUGGUGGUAAGAAACGGAAGCGUUUGACGGAUCCGUUCGGUUCAGAAACCCCAAUAAGAUUUCAGUUUCUUUA